UCACAGGCACCGGAGGACAGGGGGAGCGCGCACCGGGCAUUGUCUGUUGCUUUUUUUCCCCCCCGCUUGGCGACGGCUCACCUGCUCGGAGAGAUGUGGACUGACGUGGGGAAGAUGCUUCUGUUUCAUUUGUUACUGAUAGAGCUUCAUGCGACACAAGUGACCAAGACGGAUUGCGAGGAAGGUCAGUUUCAGUGCAGAAACCAGCGGUGUAUUCCUGUCAUCUGGAGGUGUGACGAUGACGACGACUGCUCUGACAACAGCGACGAGGACAACUGUCCAAAAAAGACCUGUGCCGCCACGGACUUCACAUGCAAGAAUGGACAAUGUGUCCCUGAGCGAUGGCGCUGUGACGGGGAGCCAGAGUGUCCGGAUGGCUCGGAUGAGGCAGAGGCUACCUGCAGUCGACAGAUGUGCCCACCCGAGAAGUUUGAUUGCGGGGGCUCCAGCAAUAAGUGUGUCUCGUUGUCAUGGCGAUGUGACGGUGAGAGGGACUGUGAGAAUGGCGCCGAUGAAGAGGAGUGUGCUGCAGACGGCAAGGCCUGUCCUUCCAAUGAGUACCAGUGCCCCAACCGGAGGUGCGUGGCACCUGAGUUCCUGUGCAAUGGUCAAGAUGACUGCGGAGAUGGCAGCGACGAGGACGAAUGCUCAGUGCCUACGUGUGGUCCACAUGAGUUCCGCUGCAACAAUUCAGAGUGUGUGCCACGCCCGUGGAGCUGCGAUGGUGACCCUGACUGCAGUGACAAGUCAGACGAGUCUGUGGAGCGCUGUGGACGGCGUACCGAGCCACAGCGACCCAUCUGUUCCAACAAUGAGUUCCAGUGCGCCAAUGGGGAUUGCGUCCACCUGAGCUGGAGGUGCGAUGGAGACGCUGACUGCAAGGACAAGUCAGAUGAGGCUGGCUGCCCACUGCUGACAUGCCGCCCAGACCAGUUCCAGUGUGGCGACGGCUCCUGUAUCCACGGCACCAAGCAGUGCAACCGAAUGCAUGACUGCCCAGACUACAGCGAUGAGGCGGGAUGUAUUAAUGUUAAUGCCACCAAGUGUGAAGGGCCCCUGAAGUUCAUGUGCAGGAACGGCGAGUGCAUCGAUAGCAUUCGCGUUUGUGACUCCCACAAGGACUGCAAGGACUGGUCUGAUGAGCCUAUGAAAGAGUGCGGCUUGAACGAGUGCGCCGACAACAACGGUGGCUGUUCCCACAUAUGUACCGACCACCGCAUCGGCUACGAGUGCGAGUGCCCCCCAGGGUACAAGUUGCUGGACAAGAAGACCUGUGGGGACAUAGACGAAUGUGAGAAUCCCGAAAUCUGCAGCCAAAUCUGCAUCAACUACAAAGGCGAUUACAAGUGUGAAUGCUUUGAGGGCUACGAGAUGGACCCAGUAACCAAGAUCUGCAAAGCAGUGGGGAAAAGCCCCUACCUGAUGUUUACCAAUCGGCAUGAGAUUCGACGCAUAGAUCUGAUCAAGAGAGACUACACCCAAGUGGUACCCACCCUGAAGAAUGCAGUGGCCCUGGAUGUAGAUGUAGCCACCAAUAAGAUGUAUUGGUGUGACCUCUUCCACCGCAAAAUCUAUAGUGCAUACAUCAACAAGGCCAGCGACUCUUCCCAGCAAGUAACCCUGAUAGACUCCGCCCUGCACUCCCCUGAAGGCCUGGCAGUUGACUGGAUCCAUAAGAACCUGUACUGGACCGAUUCGGGGGACAAAACCAUCUCCGUGGCCACGGGUGAUGGCAAGAAGAGAAGAGUUUUGAUCGACACAGAACUAAGCGAGCCACGGGCUAUUGCUGUAGACCCAAGGCAGGGGUUCAUGUACUGGUCUGACUGGGGAGCCCAGGCUAAGAUUGAGAAAGCAGGGAUGAAUGGUGUAGACCGCCAGGUCUUGGUUUCAGAAAGCAUAGAGUGGCCCAACGGAAUCACUUUGGACUUUGCCAGCCGUAGGCUUUAUUGGGUAGACUCGAAGCUUCAUCUCAUCUCCAGCAUUGACCUGAAUGGAGCCAACAGGAAGGUGCUUCUCUCCUCCUCAGAGCAGCUUGGCCACCCCUUUGCCCUGACGGUGUUUGAGGAUAGGGUUUACUGGACUGACUUGGACAAUGAAGCCAUCUACAGUGCCAAUAGACUCACAGGCCAUGAUGUGGCCAUCCUGGUGGAGCAUCUCAACAGCCCAUUGGACGUGGUGGUGUUCCACGAGUUGCGACAACCCAGCGCCCCGGACAGCUGUAACAUGGGGGGCUUACCUAAUGGGGGCUGUGAAUACCUUUGUCUGAAAGCCCCCCAGAUUACAGACCACUCCCCCAAGUACACCUGCGCCUGCCCCAAUGGGAUGGAGUUGGGCCGAGAUAUGCGAAAAUGUGUUGCAGCUACACCGCCUGUAAAACCGAAAAUGACAAUGGCACCGACAACUACCUCCACCACUCCCACAUCUACCACUACUACAACAAGCACAACUACCACCACAGAAACAACAACAUUACAUUUUACUACUACUACCACAACCACUACACAGAACACCACUGUCCCAAACACCUCUCCUGCCACUGCUCUGCCCACUUCCACUGCUUUCUCCAGCCAGGGGCCCCCCACUGGGGCCUCUGCUGCUGACAGCUCUGUGCUUAGCCCCUUGCCCACUAUGCAGCCAGAAAGCAUUCUGAGGGAGAACAGAAACCUGUCGCACCGCUCUGGAAGUGAACCCUAUCUCUUUGGAAGCAAUGUAACCGUAGCUGUGCUGGGCAUCAUCAUCCCCAUAGUUCCUAUCAUUGCUACAGUUGUUGUGGGCCUGCUCUGCACGGGUGGAUACCUCAUCUGGCGCAACUGGCGGAGGAAGAACACCAAGAGCAUGAACUUUGACAACCCUGUGUACCGCAAAACCCCCGAAGAAGGGGACGAUGAGAUCCACAUUGGGAGAACGGAGCAGAUUGGCCACGUGUACCCUGCAGUGAGUGGCAGCGCCCGCCAGCCCUUCAUAGCCCUGCCUCUUGGGGGUGGGAUCCCGGACUCAGGGUCUCACUGGUAUUCGGGACAACCAAUGCUUUGCAGCACAAAGUGAAACUGAAGAGGGUGCUGGGGGAAUGGGAGCAGGUGUUGGCCAGAGGAUGGCAAGGUUUUCUAAAGCCAUGCAGUGUUAAGGCCAAGGUUCACAGCACCAUACAUAUGUGUUCACACUGAGAUCCUACCUUCCACACAAAAACAUCACAUUCUUUUCUCUCUCAUUUCCUGUCUGUAACAGUUUAUCACCUCUUUAGACUCCUGUAUAGAAAGGAGUACAACGGCCCCAGGCUCCUGAUGACGGGCCUAAGGAUAUAUUUAAUUGUGUAAUUUUUUUUCUCUAUUCUGUUCUUGUUUGAAGGCUUUGAAAUCAUUGUGAUUCGUAUUUUCUUAUUUCAUGUCAGAAUGAAUUAGGACCAUUUCUGUGAUAAAAACUGAAUAUGACAAGCACCUUAGAUAAUAGACAAUCUGUAAUGUGUCAAUGUAUUUUUUUUAUUUAUGGUAAAUAGGCAUUAUGCUAGGGAUGUUUUUGCAUGUUCAUUACUUUUUGAUUGAACAAGCAUAAUAAGCAUAGUUGAAGACAUAUUGGAAAGGGAAACAUUUAAAUUAGGUGGCUCGACAUUUCCCGCCACUGCUGUUGACCAGGGUUGCAGGGUCAAGAAAGGAAAGCCAAUAGUCUUGUGAUGUUCUGAGCACCACAGAUGAAAAUUAGAUGAACAGCUCAUACUCAUAUGUAUGUCUGCAGUAUCUGAGCCUAGUAGGCAGAGAACUUGCACAAAUUCCCCUUUUGGUUCUGGUAAAAUGAUCAGAAGGCUAAGUAUCUGUACUCAUGUGCUGAAACCCAAACAUGGCAUGAUAAAUACUUCAGUUUUAGACGUCAGCAAAUUGAGGCAUAAUUUGUUUAUUGCACCAGAUCACAACCUUUUUGGUAGGCAUUUGACAAGGCUGUGUAGUCUCCAAAAUGGGUCUCCUUUGGCUUCUUCACUCUUCCUGUUUGUCGCCCUGCCGUGUCCUUGGCCUCCAUGUUAACAGGCUUUUGUCUGCUUUCUGCAGCGCGUGGCGCUCCGUCUCGACGAUGACGGAUUCCCCUGAGGAGUAUGUUGUGUUCCUGGCCCUGUCCUCCCUCCUCAAUGACUGCCGUCUCCUGGGGAGACGAGAGCUGGCUGCACAUGAGUGCCCAAGAGGCGGGGGCGUAUACUUGCAAACCGUUGGGAGGGGCAUGUCUCUUUUCUGUCCUUAAGUUAUACCUUUCAGUCCCUCUCCUUUCCUUAUGAAGUUAUUUAUUUAUUUAACGUAGAGAACUACUGCUGCUACGAUUACUAGUACUAGUACUACUUGAUCUGUUUACCACCACCACCACUGUUGUGACUCGCACUUUGUUUCCAGUAGUGGAACAAGCAGCUCAAUGAUAACUAACCUCAUUACUCAUGAGUCCACAUAUAUAUGCAGUUGUAAUUGGGUUUGAUCAUAAUGAUGGUGGCAAUUGUGUGAUUACCUAGUCUGGUUAAUGCCGCAGCCAUUGGUGGGGGAUCUCUCUGUGAGCAAGCAGGGAGUUCGAUAAGUUCGAAGGGAAGUAAUACAAGUACUUGCAGACUGGUUUUCUAGGUAAUCAUCCAGGAAGAUGUUAGAAAGUAUGUAAACGAUAACUGAAGGUCAUUUUGGAGGUCAUAAAGGCCUGGAUGUAUUGCAUACUUGAGGCUGAUAUUAGCAUUUAUACUACCAUAUCUACAUGAUGUUGAGCAGUUCAACCACAACACACUGACGUAUA